CAAUUCUGCCACAGAAGCUGGUGUGAGAGUCACUAAAAGGACCAAGGACAACACACACAUACACUCUCUCUCACACACACACACACAGUAUACAGACACUCUUCACACAGUAUACAGACACUUAUUCACACCACAGGAUUCCAUUCACCUCCAGGACAAAGGACAAAGUCAGGACAAUGGACUUUAAUGACUCAGAAAUAUACUUGAGCAAUGAUAAUACAGAAAACACAAGCACCCUGGACUACAGUGGCUACUACGCUGAAUUGGAAACAGAAACAGACUCUGGACCAUGCCCAACUAAUAGCUUGAAGGACUUCAGCCAAGUCUUCUUGCCUACGCUCUACAGCCUUGUCUUCGUGGUGGGGUUACUGGGCAACGGACUGGUGGUGUGCGUCCUGCUGUGGUUCCGCCGUAAGUGCAACCUGACGGACAUCUGCCUGCUGAACCUGGCGCUGUCCGACCUGCUGUUCGUCUUAUCACUGCCGUUCUGGGCCCGCUACGCCGCCCUCGGCCACUGGCCCUGGGAUGGCACCGUGUGCCGCCUGGUCACCUUCCUCUAUACGCUGGGUUUCUAUGCCAGCACUGGCUUUAUGGUCGUCAUGACGCUGGACCGCUACCUGCUGAUCGUCCACUCUCCGUCCAUCACUGUGUGGCGCACGCUGCGUGUCGGCAUGGUCCUGAUCGGAGUGGUGUGGGCCUUGAGCCUGAUGGCCUCCCUGCCAAACGUCAUCUUUGUGGACAUUAACGGGACCGGGGAAGCACACACGUGCGCCUUGGAGAUGUCCGCGGGCUCCGCGUGGCGGUCUUUUGAGUUCCUAGAGAUGAACGUCUUAGGUUUGGUCGUGCCACUCUCCAUCAUGGUGUUCUGCUACGCGAGGAUCAUCCCCACCCUCAUCAACUUGAAGACGCAUCGAAAGCACAAGGCCAUCAAGCUCAUCUUGGCCAUCCUCAUCACCUUCUUCCUCUUCUGGACCCCUUACCACGUGGUCAUCUUCCUGCACAUGUUGAAGCAGCAUGGCUACUUCCUGGACUGCCACCAGAUGCACCGCCUCGAUUUGGCCAUGAAGUGGACGGAGACUAUUGCCUAUACCCACUGCUGUCUCAACCCCAUCAUUUACGCCUUCGCCGGGGAGAAGUUCUGCCGGCUGGUGGUCAAGAUGCUUAGCCAGUGGCUGCCUCUGUCCUCCAUUUCUAGGGAGUUCUCUGAACGCCGGAGCUCUGUCUACUCACGGUCAUCAGAGAUUACCAGCACCAAACUGAUAUGAACCACCCUGGUACACCCACACAGGGUUUCAAAAAGACACUGCCUUUCUUCCAUGUCUAGCAGCCCUUUGAUGAGUAAAACUAAAAGUUCAAAUAGAUUAGUAGACUUCCAGUAACUAAAGUUUCACUUAGCAUGUAUGAUACAGUGAUGAAUUUAUUGUAUCCUAGAGUUGUGUGGCAAGUUUUCACAAUGACUAACAACAAAUCAUUCGCAAACAACAGUCAUGAUGAC